AUUUAGUGGCCGUAGCUCAUACACAAUAGACAGAGAUCAAAACAUAGUCGAUAUACAACGAACACUACAUGAAUGAGAAGUGUAGUGAACGAAAGAAAAUAAUAUACGCACACUCGUACACGAAUUGACACUGAAAGAAUAACAAAAAGACGAAAAUCAUCAAAUCAGUCAUAGUUUAUAGUGCAGUUUUCUUUAUUUUCGUUUCUUGUGAAAUUUCUUAGUUUGUAUAUAAAUUCUGUUCUAAUGUCUUAAUAUAAUUAAUAAUAAUUACAACAACAACAACAACAACAACAACCAACAAAAAAAAACAUUUACUAAAACGACGAACGUAAAAAAAAUCGUGAAUUAUUCAACACAAGCAAUAAGCGAUGGUUGUUUGACGAGAGCUGAAAGAAUCAAUUUGUAAUUUGUGUGCUGGAACUAAUCUCAUCUAUUUUACACUUUCACACAAAAUUGAAUGCGAAAAACUCGAUCGGAAAACGGAGCGUGUGCAAUUUUGUUGGUCGUUUUUAGUUUGAUUUGAUGUUAAUGUAUUACGACUGACGUGCAAAUCAAAAAUUUGUAUCAGCUGUAAUUGAGUGUGACUAAAGAGAAAUUGCAAUAAACGUGGCGAACGUGAAACAGACGACGAGAUAAAGGACAAAAUGGAUCCACGGCAAAUAACACGUCUGGCAAAAUUGCUGCGUGAAAACGGCGAUAAAGUGCUCAGUUCCGAAUAUAAAAUUACAUUGACCGGUUCAUUGAUGCGCGCACUCAAUGAUUCAUUUUCACUGAUUACCGAUCCGAAUGAAACGUGUACGCCAAACACAUUUCAGGUGCUCAAGCCAAACAAUGCCAAAUCCGAAGUGUUCCGAGAUCUGCAAAUUAUCUAUGAUUUUGUGCAGAAAGCGCAAAUUUUGUGCUUAGUAGCAAUACCUACAGAAGAACCAUUCGAUGGUGAUAUUGACAUAAAGAAAUUUCGUAAUCUGAGACGAUUAGAAAUUCAGAAAAUUCCCAUCGAACAAAUUGUCGGCAUUCAACGGUUGCGUGCUCAUCUUCAGGAGCUCAUCUGUUCGAAGAGCAUCACCAGUAUCCAGUCAAUUAUUGCCCAUUGCGGUGGCGAUAAUGCAAACGGAUUCCUUUGGAAUGAAUUAAAAAUGGCUGAUUUUUCCUACAAUUACCUCAGGACGAUCGACUGUUCGCUGGAAUUUGUGUCGAAUUUACAACAGUUGAACCUGAGCCACAAUCAAAUUGUCAGUGUGGACGCUAUCAAAUGGUUGCCAAAUCUCAAAAAAUUAAAUUUAAGCUACAACAAUCUGUCACACAUACCGCAAAGCAUCGCAUCGCGACGUCUUCAAUCACUCAUUUUAACCAAUAAUUUUAUCGAAGAUUUACGCGGUUUGCCCAAACUUGAAGCACUCAGCGAAUUGAAUUUAGCUGACAAUUGCAUUCUGGAUCAUGCAGCGCUUGAACCACUUGGAUCGUUGAUUGCACUUCAACAGCUCCAACUGCACGGCAAUCCAAUUGCAUGCCAUCCGCAUCAUAGGGAAGAAACAUGCAAAUAUUUACACAAAAAUGUUGCUAGUGUUAAGUUUGUUCUGGACUCAGAACCGUUGAGUAAAUAUGAAAAAAAUUUGGUUGGAUACUAUCAGAGCAUUAACAAAUGGCCUGUAAAACCUCGACCACCAAAGUGGAUAUCAUCAAGUGGAUUAUCCACGCCAGGCAGUGGACGAACAAAUGAACAAACUCCUGCAAGCAGUAUAGGAUCAUUGGGGAGUUUUCAACUCGAAUCGAGCACGAGUAGUACAGUUGAUUUCCCGGCAAUGAAUGACUUGAGUACGUCACAACUCAGCACAUCUACUCAGAAAAAGAUUAAAGUAAGACCGGCCGAUAUUCGUGAUGACGAUGACAAUAAUGACGACGAUGAUGAUGGCAUCGAAAUUGUCAAAGCGAAACCACCGAAAAAAGAGAAGCGCAAAUCAUCAACAGCAUCGGGGAUUGAUGGGAUUGACGAAAUGGGAAGCCAAGAGCAUCUCAAAACAAAGAAGCAAAUUGAAGAUUUGCGCAAAGAAUACGGCGAUGAUUGGUUGCACAGCAAGGAGGUGCAAGAUAUGAUGGGAAUUCAGGCUCCGAUCAGAAUUUCUUCGCCAACAACUGAAGAGAAAUUGGAAACGCUGUACGGGUUAGAAUCAAAGAUCAACAGAGAUCGAACAUCGACUCCAAUUCAACAGUCGAAACACGCCGAUUUUGCUCAUUCAUCCAUUGAGCAAUUCCAGUCGCCAACUUCAUCGACGAGUGAAUUCAAAAGUGUUGACCACAGCGACCAGAGUUCACAAAAACUUCAAAGUGCUGCGGAAUCAUCGAUGGAGAGAACAAUGUUCAGAUCGACAAUAAGCGAAGAUGAAAAUCUGAGAAACUUGUAUCCAUCGUCAACGUCAAUGGAAGCCGAAUCGCUGUCGGAUACAGAAGAAAAUGAAACCAUUUAUCUCGUGACCAACGAUAUCAAUCAAACGGAUCUUCUUUUGGUUGUGUCGGAUCAAAGUAUACGUGAAAAGAAUUCGUUAACCGGUAGAACCAUAAAUCAAUGGGCCUUGACUAUGCUGGAGAGUUCCGAACUUGUUAGCACGGAUGUGGUGCGCAUUCGAUUCGAUACCAUCAAAAAGGAUAAACGAGAACGCACUUACAAAAUGAGUGAGAGCGGCCAUGGAAAGAAAUUGGACGAUUUUCUACGAAAUAUUUUAUCACAACGUCCAUUGUCCGACAUCAUGAUCGUAUUCCGAUGUGCCAACUGCGCGCUACAAUUUUCACAAGAGAAACUUCCGCGGAAGAAUGGUGUGAAGUGUCCCGACUGUAACAGUACGUAUGUUAUCGAGAUGAAAGUGCAACAGUCGGAGUUGUCGUCAUCAUCACCGAAACAGUCUGAUCCGGUGCCGCUGGGCAAUUCAAAUUCACAUAGUAGCAUCGCACUGCGACACGAAACGAUUGGAAAUCAAUCUACUAAAACGUUAGGAUUUAAUGAAAAUUACGAUAACAAAACUGAUCACACCAAACAUUCGGCUAGUUCAUUUAAUGAAAGCUUGUCACAAUCAAAACUCUCCAACUGUUCACAAAGUUCAUUCGACUCGAAUCAAAGUCUGAUCGGCAGCACAACCAAUUGCGAACACACAAAUGAUUUAGACAGCUAUUUUGCAUCACGUUUUGGUGCACCGCCCGAAAGUGACGUGGAAAUCUUAAGUAAUCCAAGCAUUAGUAGUAUCGAAGUGCUGGACCGGUUCAGCCGUCAAUCGAGCCGCAAACAAUCGGAAGAUUCACGAUAUUUAUUACAAACACAAUUAUAUGUGCAACAGCAUCAGCAUCAAUUCAAUAAAUCGAACGAUGGGUCUGCAUGCCAUUCGCCAUCGCUUGAUUUACUUAUCAAAUCGACAAGUAAUAGUGAUAUUGAAGAAAUUUUAGAUGAACCCGAUCCAAUGACCAUCGCUGGUGAUUCGGUGGAUCAAGUAACAAUCACACAGGCCGAUGAUAUAACAAACACCAACAACAACAAUGACAAGGCCGAAGUGAACGAAGCACUGCUGAAACCGAAAAAACCGAUUUUGACCGGCAUGAAUUUGACAGAGAGUAGCUCAUCCGGAUCGGUGACGGACAGUGUGUGCACCGCGUAUGAACAUCAAGCGGCCGAAGGCAAGGCUACCGAAGAAACAACGACAAGUAUAACAACUAUGACAACUAUGACACUGGCUGAACCGGAAUCGAUUCCAAUCGCCGAAGAGGAAAAGAAGGAAAUGGAAAGCAGCAAAGUAGAGGAAGGUUCGAUGAUUUCAAAUAUGUUUGGAGGUCUCUUCAAUUCGACCAACAUUUUAAUGGCUCGCAGUGUAAAAACAUCGAAAGUGGAAGCGCCACCAUGUGAUAAGUUCAAGUUUUCGUACACCGAGUUCGAUUACGUGGACCAUCGAUUGAAGGUAUACCUCUAUCAGCAUAUCUUCGAAGAUGACAACGAGCAUUUAAAAUGGCUUGUGAAAGGGUGUUUAUUCAGUGACACGGCAAACAGUGAUCCGGAUGCUAAACUUCAACCGGCUAUAUUCGUGAUGUCUACCACAAAGUGGUAUGUACUGAAUAUAAUUGGCAAAGAAAAUGACGACGUGACGAAGUGGGUGAAACGAGAUGCAUUCGGAACGAUAAAUCGAGUCGAAAUGAUCCGAGUGCUGCCUUGGAAAGUUGGCAUCACAUUUACGAUUAAAUACUAUGGCAAUAUUCAUUUCUUCCUACAAGAUAUUAUGCGAACCGACAGUUUGCUGCUGUUUUUUGCAAACAACCCAUUGCCCGUUUACUGUGAUCUUGAGUACCAAAUAUCCGAGCGCAUAUCACAAAAGCUACUUCAAAUCACCGACAACGUCCAAUUGAAAAUGUUAACCAUUCUGAAUAACUGCAAAAUUAUCGAUCAAAAUGACAGCAGCACCGUGCAUGAGUAUGCCGCUUUCAUUCUCACCGAUUCCAAUCUGUAUGUGAGCACACCGAAAUACGGAUGGACCGUUGAGAAACUGGAUCGCAGCAUUGAAGUGGCACAAAUGCAGCUGAUGAUGGAUUUGGUCGAUGUUGAACAUAUUAACGAAACCACAUUUAUUAUCAGUUUUCUGGAUGAAAUCCAGGAUAAAAAACAGAAAUGGGAGUGCAAAUUCGAAACCGGCUCCUGUCUACAAAACACAUUCGAAACGCUGGCGGCGUCAUGGGAAAAAUUAUUCAAAGUGCCUUUGUCAAAUAAUUAAGCAAACAUGAAAUAUCAUAGCGAAUUCGAUUACGUCGUUAGAAAUUACUUUAUGCAUCACUUCCUGAUUCGGAUGACAGUGAUAAAUUCAUUUCUGAAAAUUGUAUGAUUUAGAAACAAAAGAAGGAAAAAUGAUUAGCUGAGCUGGAAUUCCUAGGGGGAAAGAACUAUUGGUAUAUUUACUUCAUUGACACGUAUUGACAAAUAUUCACAGGCAUUUGCACUGCGUUCCGUAGUGUUAUUGUUGUUGUUUUCUUCUGUUGCUUCGUCUCGUUCGUGGCGAGCAGGAAUGACAGUUGCAAAUACGCACAUUUUAUUGACCAUAUUUGCAUGCAUUCGCAGCUAGUUAUUUAGCGGAUUGACACGCAUUGGCGUGUAUUGAUCCAAACUCGGUAGAAUAUGCGAUUAUUUACAAUAUUUAUAUUUUCAUUUACUCAGUUCUUUCCCCCUAGUGGAAUUCUAGACAUUCCACCAAAACUUUUCGGAAUUAUUUUUUUCGUACAUAAGACUAUAUUGGAGUGAAAGAGAGAGAUUCCACUAUUUUUCAUCGAGCCAUCGGAAUUAUUCCGAUAACUCAAGGAAGAGUGGAAUGUAUGAGAAAUAAUUCCGGUGGAUCGAUGAAAAAUAGUGGAAUCUCACUCUUUCACUCAAUUAUAGUUUUAUGUAUGAAAAAUAUAAUUCCGAACAGUUUUGUUGGAAUGACUUGAAAUUCCAGCCCUGAUUAUUGUUCAAAAUUCUUUCUCGGUUGCACAAGGACCCUUCAUUUUGCAUGCAUUAGAAUGCAGCGACGGCAAUUUUCAUUUCUUAGAGCAAAGUUGCGUUUCAAACAGAUUGAAUAACCGUUUCAGCAACUUUCCAUCGAAAAUGACUUCAGUUAAUAAAUGGAUGCAAUCCAUUCAGCUAAUUUUCCGUUCUAGACAUAAGAUUAUGCGAGCAGCCAAUACUAAAAUUCAAUUAUUAUUUUUAAUUUGACGAUACGAUUUUAGACAGGAACAGAACAAGUAAAUAUGUGAAUGUUGUAGAAAUAUGUGUGAAAAAUUAUUGUUUGAAUUGUGUCUGAACGAAUAUGGGUAGUUGUCCAAUUUCCACACAAAUAGAAAAUCAAUCUGUAUUAUGUCAAACGAGAAAGAUUUAAGAUGAACAUUUGUCGCGUGUCCAUUUUAAUGGUCAAAUGCAAAUUCUUAGCGUUUUUCUCCGUUAAACAGCUAUUUUCGAAUGGUUCAGAUUGCCAAUGCUCGUUAUAAAUGUAAAUAGGUCUCGUAUUUUAAAGAAAUGAUUACAAUUAUAAGAUGAUUGAAAUUUAACUAUGAACAUUUUUGACUUCAUACCCAAUAAAUCAUUUUGUAAUAUAAAACACUUAUGAGAAAUAAAUUUAUUUGACUGAAAACCAGUCAACAAUUCAAA